AUGCUGCCAACCACAAUCCGAUCACCGCCCGCCGCGGCAGACUACACACCCCUCGCAGAAUACCAGUCGCAAACUCCCGAGUCGUUCACAGAUGGGAAGCCAAUCCUACACUAUCAUCUCGCCGGCGCAAAGGCAACGAUCCCACGCUCGCAGUGUGGCAGCUUAGCCAUCUUCCCACAGGAUACUGCUGCAGCACCCAACAGCGCGAACGAUGGAGAAGCCGCCGAAGAGUUGGCGGAACAGACCGUCGAUGUAUUUGCGACUUCAGAAAACUUCGUCGUCUUCAGCCACCAAGCCGAAGCCGGUGUCUCGAUCCCAUACCCUCUAAUCUCAAUCCACGCGCUCAAAUCUGUCAACGAGUCCCAGGCUGUCUGGCUGCAGCUUGACUUUGCUGACGGCGGCGCUGACGACUCCGACUUUGAAACCGUCGAGCUGACAAUCGUCCCAUCAAGCUCCGCCGAAGCAAACUCCGCGCAACAGCUUUACGAGGCCAUGGCCAAUUGCUCUGAUUUACAUCCCGACCCUAACAACGAGGAAGAUGACGACAAUGACUAUGACCGCAUCGUCUUUGAGGGCAACGCGGGGCACGAGCCCGUCGAGGGCUUCACUGGAGUUCUCCAUGGCGUCACAGAUGGCGGGCUUCCUCCACCGUUCCCUGGUAGCGGCGGCUGGAUCACUGCAGAAAAUGUACACGACUACUUUGAUGCAGAUGGCAACUAUAUAGGCCCGGGACAAGAGCUGGAGGAGGUUGAGGAUGAGACGGAAGAGCUUGGCGAAGGAGCCGGUAGGACACGCCCACGCGACGAGCUUGAGAAGGACGAUGAUGUCAACGGACACGACUCGGCCGAGGAUCCGGAGAGCAAGCGACCAAGAGUGGAAACUGAAAAUAACGAGUAA